AUGUACAAACUGUUUAUGAGAGUAAUAACUAACAGGUUUACGUCAAAGCUCGAUAGCUACCAACCGGAAGAGCAGUCAGGAUUCCGAAAGGGUUACAGUACAGCGGAUUAUCUUCUUACAGUCACAAUUAUAAAGAAAGUCAAUGAAUAUCACUUGAACUUAUACCAUGGGCUUCGUUGAUUAUGAAAAGUCAUUUGACUCCAUAGAACUUUGGGCAUAUUUACAAGAAAGCGACAAUAAAAAUACAAAUAGAUGCGAAAACCAAAGCCAUACCAAUCAACAGAGGAGUUUGCCAGGGUGAUGUUAUCUCACCAAAGCUAUUCACACUUGGACUGGAAGACGUGUUCAAAGACAUUAAGUGGGCAGGUAAAGAAAUAA